AUGUCUGAUUCCGAUUUAAAAUUAGAUGAUGGACAGGACAUAUUUUUAUCUCAGGUUCUUGACGAGAUUGAAAGUAUGCAAGAAGACGAUAUAGUGUUGUCGCAAGCUCUGGAUUUAUUUGAAAACAAGGAAUCGUUUGACUUGUCAGAUUCUCAGUUUAAAAAUCUUGUAGAGGAUUGUACCAGUGCAGACUUUUUCGGUAGUUUUACGUUGAAACUACCGACUGGAGAAAAUUGUGAAUUGUUAGGUGUGGAUACACAUUGUGAAAAUCGCUUUGGAAAAAUUACCAAAACUGAAGAUUUUGACGCACUGAUCAAGGACCAGAAAUCGGGUAACACCGAGAGGAGUACAAAGUGGGCCACCUCUGUAUUUGAGGCUUGGAGAUCCGUUCGGAAACUGGACGGAGAGGAAAUUCCACCACUCGAGGAAUGCGAUAUCAACACACACCUUUCACGUUUUGUGGUAGAAGCAAGAAAGCAGGAUGGUUCCCCCUACCCACCUGGAUCGCUAUAUAAUAUUGCCUGUGGACUCUUGAGAAAUCUCCGAUCUUCUGGCAUCUAUGAUAAAAACUUCUUGGAUGAGACGAAUGCACGAUACGCGAGGUUCCGCGAGGUACUAGAUGCUCAGAUGAAAAAGCUGACAAAGGAUGGAUUAGGUAUUGGUCAGAGGGAGGCAAAACCAGUCAAUGAAGAAGAUGAAAAGAUUUUGUGGUCUAAAGGUGUAUUUGGGAACAGUUCAUCUGUUGCUCUUCAGCAUACCAUGUAUUUCUAUAACUGUAAAUUUUUCGGAUUAAGGGCUUUGGAUGAACACCGAACAUUAAACUGUAACCAAUUUGCAAUCGGGAGUGACGAAAAUGGUCGUUACAUAGAAUUUAAAGGUACAAACAGUAAAACGUACAAUGGAGGAUUAAAACACAGGCGUAUUGAACCAAAAAUUAUAAGACAUUAUGAUGAAAAUAGUGGAAUUGUUGACUUUUAUGAGCAGUAUCUGAAUGCAUUGGGGCUUUCGGGUCCAUUUUAUCGGCGGCCUUUAAACAAAUCCGAGGGACACUUGCGUUACGGGGAACAAGUUGUUGGAAUUAAUAAGUUAAAAACUUUCAUGAAAGACAUUUGUUCGUCUGCAGGUUUAGAAGGUAGAUACACAAACCAUAGUGGUAAGAAAACGUGUGCCACAACACUCUACCAAGGAGGAAUUCCCGAGGAAGAGAUUAUGAAACGAACUGGCCACAGAUCCACUACCGGGGUUAGGAAAUACCAAAAACCGUCUCCCGCAAUGUUGAAAGAAAUUUCAAACACACUAAAUCCACCGCAGACGACAAUCAAGGCACAGUGUGGAACGGUCAAUGAGAAAAAUGCUGAAAGUGUUCUAAAGGAUACCGACGAGUCAGUGGAUAAUAAACGCAGUGAUCCAAGUUUUAAGGGUUUAUUUUCUGGAAAUCACUCAUUCUCUGGAUGCACUUUUCAGUUUUAAUAUCGUACGAGAACUGUUGUAACAGUGUGUUGGAAUUGUUGUUCAUAAUGAUUAUAUAAUUGACCUAGUGCCAUAGCAGAUACAUUUUAGCAAAAUAGCACAUAACGGAUACUUUUUUAGCGCUUUUCAGUUUUAAGAAACAUUUAAGAAAACUUUGAAUUUCAUAUUUCAUGACAAUCAUGUAUUUCUGAUGUUCAUUUAGAGAUAAUGAUAAAUAUCGAAUCUUCGAAAUAUUCUAGUUUAUUUAUUCUUUUACUUUAUAGAUGCAGGUAUUUGUGAUCACUCUAUCUCCGUGAACAAUAAAUUUGAAAUAAAAUCAUGUUUUCAUUGGCAGGAAAAAAUAAUACUCCCUCCAUAGGACCUUGCCAUUGUAAGAAAAAAAGUGUUGCGAUAAAUAUAUUCUUCCUCUGUGAACUGUAAAUUGGAGCUAAAAUCAUCUUUUCUUUGAAAGGAAAAAAUUAUACUCCCUUGAUAGGACCUCAAUAGAGAAAAAGUGUUCCGAUAUAUAUCAGAACAGUUUUACUGUGCUGAUAUAUAUCGGAACACUUUUUUUCUUAUGAAACUCAUAGAGAAAAAGUGUUCCGAUAUAUAUCGGAACAGUUUUGUAAGAUAUCAGCACAGUUUUGUAGUAAUAAUGUGUGUUACUAUGUAUAACAUGCUGCAAAGAUCAAAGGAAAAUUGCCGCACUAUGCGAUAAUUUAUGUGAAAGGGACUAAAAUGAUGCUAUGGUUUAUUAUUAGUCAACAUACACAUGUUAGUACAAGAUGCUUAAUAAUAAUAUCUUAAAUAAUUAGUAUUAUUACUAUUACAUGAGUCAUGACUCAUUUUAUAAAUAACUGGUCCAUAAUUUGUGCUUUAUGACCAGUUUAUAUUCAGCAGUAAAGUGUGCUAGGCUAAACUCAACAUUUUAAGAAUUAUGAAAAUUUUUCUCUGAUAUCAUGUAAUAAAACACUUUUUGAACAGCUAACUGGUCAAUACC